UCAUUUUAGGUAUUCGGCCAAUUGAUAAAAUUGGGAUAAAAUUGUUGGGAGUUUUUAAAACUGAUUGUAAUUUUAUUAUCACUUUUUAAUAGGCCGGAUGGUUUACUUCUUAAUAAAGAUAGUUACUGUAGCAACUUUCUAGACAUUCCAAUUACUGUAGCAACUCAGUCCCACUUUCUCUCUCUAACUUUCUCUCCCUAGAUAUUCCAAUCUCUGUAAUUUCUGAAUGAAGAUGAAGAAAUCUGCGAAAUUCGCAAUCCCCACUCGCUUUCCUCCCUUUGAUGACGGCUCAGAUGUGUUUAACGAAGAAGAGAAGGAGGCGGCGGAUAUACUGCUCGAGCUUCCGUUUCUUAUAGCCAAAUUGGAGGCUCCUUCUCGGUGGGGCACCAAAAGGAUGAGAUCGGCGUUAGAUUCGCCACCGUCGCGACCUCCGCCGCGGAGAACAGAGAGAUGGCCCAAAUUCGUCGUCGGGACUUCCAGUCCGGCGACGCCUCUUUCUUUCUCGGUCAGUGAAUCCGACGACUCGCACAAGAAAGUUUCAAAAACAACGCGUGAAAGAGGUCAAACCCAAAAUCUGAGUUUGGAAAUAGGGAAAGCAAACGCAAGACCUGGUCAAAUUCCUAGUCUGGUUCAUCAACAGGCGUUUAUUAUGAAUCGGACGAUGAUUGGGGGUUAUAGGUUGGUGGUCCCACAGUCUGCUAAUGAGUCAUUGGUAAAGGAGUCUACACAGCGGUUUUAUCUGACUAGGGUUGUGAUGAUACCCGGUAUCAGAGCCAAAGCUGCUGAAGCAAGAAAGCAGAGACUGAUGGGAAUAAAAGGGCUCAAGCGUUACUUCAAACCAAUAGCGAUUUAAAUAAAUUUUGUUUUUGUUAUAUAAUUCUGUGUGUAUAUUUUAUUAAAUAGCUGGCAUUACCAAUUAAGGACAUUGCAUUAAUCGGAUAUCUAAAAUGUAAGGUAAAUUUGAGAAAUGUAAUGUAAAUUUGAGAAACUCUAUAAAAUUUUUGCCUCA